GAGUUCGAAUAGCUCGCGAGGCUCGAGCUUUUUUGACAGCCCUUAUGCCAACCCUAACACAUCCUUUUAACCGUGCACCCAAACGACCCGCCUCCCUGAAUUCCUCGCCGCCGUCCAAAUCUGCUUAGAAGCCAGACCAUGGCCGCCACCUCCGCUGACGCCGCCUCGGCGGUUCCGCCUUCUGCGAUAUCCGCAGCCGAGGAUACGCUCGCGGCCGCCGAGUCCGUCGGGGACCACCUAUCCCAGCUGCUCGCGGCGGCGGCGGCGGACCCCGACGCCGUGGCCGAGCUCCCGCCACUGCUCCGGGCGCGCGCCUUCCUCGCGGUGGCGCAGGCUGCCACCUCCCUCUUCGCGGUGCGGCUAAGGUGUUCUGGAAUUGACCCCGACGAGCACCCGAUCAGAAAGGAGUUUGAGAGGUUAAGCCUGUGGCAAGAGAAAUUAAAUCGAUUUGAGGACUGGGACAAGGCACCACUUCGCCCUACUACUACACUGAAUACACAAGCAGCAGCAAGGUUCAUUGGACACUCACUUUCCCACCUGACAUCUGAUCAAAAGAGAAGCAUGCAGGCAAUCAGUAGAGGAGAAAGAAGGGGCUGGUCUGGGCAGAAGAGAAAGUCUGAGUAUUUGCCACAAAAGAAGUCUGUUCGUGCUGCUGCGGAAGAGUUCCUUGCAAAGGCUGCUCAGGAAUUUAUUGGGAAUAGUGAUAGCAGGGUGAAGGGUCCUGUUAGACUUGUUCCUGAUGAAGAUGAGGACUAGAUCAGUAUGAAAAAUGGAUGCUUACCGGAUGAUGUCCACAUGCCUGAUUGAAAUAUGCAAAGCGAGGUAGAAGUUCUGGAUGAUGAAGAUAAAUCUACCUACAGUGCUGUGUUGUUGUACAUGAGACAGGGAAUGGAUCAAAGUCUUGCUUUCUUCCUCUGUUUUGGGAGCAAUUGACCUCAAAUCCUGUAUCUGAGUUUCUAUCUGGAAAGAAAAUUUUGACUACCUAUUUGUUAGAGUAAUUGUAUGAUUUGUGCGCUACAGUACCCCUAAUAAUGAGUGUUAUCAUAUAUUCGAUGUCAACUAGAUCUGUAGAAGAUUUGCGACUUCCAGCAAUUUUGGGGUAUUCAGCCUGUGUAAGACAUAAUCGAUGUAUUCAUGCUGAUGGAUGAACUUCUUUUGCAGA